UCAGGAAGUGUGGAAUGACAACCAGGAAGUGUGGAAUGACAACCAGGAAGUGUGGAUCCAAUGAGGAACGGACAAAUGGCGUGUGAACAUUGUUUGGAUGAAGGAGGCAGCGCUCAUUCACAGGAAACGCAGCCUUUUUCCUGUUUCACGGAAUCCGAGUGAAAUCAGAAUUUAGUGUUCCCACUGGCCGCUUCAGCGAGUGAAGCACUGCCGCUCUUGAGCAAAGUGACUCGCCGCCUGCCAAAGCAAAGAAGUGGAUCUGUCAUUUGGAAUAAAAUGUCUGAGAAGUCACAAGACCGCCUGAAGAUCAGCAGCAACCCAAACUACAAAAAAAGUGUUUAUUUCAACACAUGACGAUCUUUGCAGGCAGAAGUUCGGAGGAGGAAGCGGCUGUCACUGAGUCGUACCCAUCUGGCUUUACAAGCGUGGUUCUGAGAUGGGUGUGGUAGAAAAGCAACCUUGGGACUGACAGUCAGAGACCAACUGUACUCACGCCUACGUCCGACACACAGAAUAAAGAGCAGAAGAGCAGGAUAUUCGGGUACAAUGCACAUUUAAAACGACUUGUUUAUCCCUACCUCCGCUUUAUGAGGCUGAAAGCUGUCUUGUCGUUCACAAAAAGGUCGUUUAUUCCGGAACAAUGAGCCUGGUGCAGCUGCUGAAAGGCCACUUCUUGAUCCACCUGAUCAUCUGCUACGUGUUCCUGGUCAGCGGCCUCAUCGUCAACCUGCUUCAGCUAUGCACUUCACCUCUUUGGCUGGUCAGCAGACAGCUGGCCCGUAAGGUCAACUGCAGGUUGGCCUACUGCAUCUCCAGCCAGAUGGUGGCUGCGUUGGAGUGGUGGUCUGGGACCGAAUGCACGCUUUACACUGACCCAAAGAGUUUCCCUCUGUACGGAAAGGAAAAUGCAAUUGUGGUUCUCAACCACUGUUUUGAGAUUGACUUCCUGUGUGGCUGGACCUUCUGCGAGAGAUUUGGUGUUCUUGGGAGUUCCAAAGUUCUUGCCAAAAAGGAGUUGGCUUAUGUUCCGAUUAUUGGUUGGAUGUGGUAUUUCCUGGAGAUCGUUUUCUGCAAGAGGAAGUGGGAAGAGGACAGAAAGACGGUGGCCAUGAGUCUUCAGAAGUUGAGGGAUUACCCUGAAAACUAUUGGUUUUUGCUUUACUGUGAAGGAACACGCUUCACACCAAAGAAGCACCAGAUCAGCAUGCAGGUGGCGGAGAGAAAAGGUUUGCCCAAGCUGAAGUAUCAUAUUUUACCAAGAACCAAAGGCUUCUGGAUGACUGUUCAAAACCUCAGAGGGGCUGUUGCAGCUGUGUACGACUCCACACUUAAUUUCAGAAACAAUGAAACACCAACCCUGCUGGGAAUACUUCAUGGCAAGAAAUACCAUGCAGACUUAUAUGUAAGGAGAAUUCCACUGGAUCUCAUCCCAGAAGAUGAAUCUGAAUGUGCUGAUUGGCUCCACAAACUCUACCAGGAAAAGGACAGUUUCCAAGAGGGCUACAUGCAGACAGGGCGGUACCCAGGUCCCACACUGAGCCCUCCACGUCGCCCCUGGUCAUUGAUCAACUGGAUGUUCUGGUCCUGCCUGCUCCUGUACCCACUGGGCGUGUUCCUCCUGCAGCUCGUGUCCUCGGGAUCGGUCACAACCAUCUUGGUUUCAGUGGCUUUAUGCACUGCAGCUUCAGUAGGAGUUCGUUGGAUGAUUGGACAGACUGAGAUCAACAGAUCUUCCAAGUAUGGUGAAAGCAAGGUGACCCGUCAAAACAACAACUAAGGCAGCCCCAACUGCUUGGAGAUGCCCCUUUGCACAGCUGUCAGGUCCCAGCUUUGCGGCUGAUCUGUUGCUGCAACAUGUGGCGACAUGUGCAGCAGCACAAUGCGGGCGCAGUGUGCUCUCCAGAAUAAAGUGAAUCGAGGUUGGAAGAAGGUUCAAUUCUUGGACUCCAAAUAUGAAUCACAGCCAGAUGUAAACGCAACACAGAGGGGACAUUUAAAUGUUUUAAAAACCAUUUCUGCUAAAAUAUUCAAAUUUUAUUUGACGCAAAAUACAUUUUAUACAACAGCCUAUUACUGUUUGCAGUCAUUUUUAUUGUUGCAGUUUCUUUUUAAUCAUCUUGUCCAUGGAACAUCAAUACUGUACUUUUUUCUGCUAUGUAUCACUACUUUGCAUUGAAUUCCAGUACUUUCCAGUACUUUUAGAGAGCUUCCUUGGCUUCUGUAUGUGAAACCUACUGUAUACCAGAAAGAUGAUGUAUAAAAGUGGGGUAAGUCAAAUUAUUAUUUUAUUAUUUUAAAUCCAACUGCAACUUGUUUACUUUAUACUUUCAAAAGACAACACUCCAAAGAAAGAAUUUGAAACAUAAGUUGCCUUACAUAAUAGGUAGUGAGAAGAAGACAGAAGACCUCAUCACCAAAGAACACAGUGUUAAUUCAGUCUAAUA